AUGUUGAUUGAAUUACUUGCAAUCAUUGGUUCAAUUAUUGGUUUCAUUGCGAUCACGCUGUCCAUUGCGUCUGGCCUUUAUUAUUUAUCCGAACUUGUUGAAGAGAACACCGAGUUUACCCGAAGAUUUUUAGCCCGAUUGAUUAAAAGUACUGCAACAUUCUUGCUCCUAUUGUGGCUAUUUGAUGCGUUCCCUCUCAAACUCAUAUUGUUCUCUCAGUUUUCAUAUUUUGUUUAUUAUCAAAAUCUCAGAAAAUUUCCCAACAUCAAUUUGACAGGACCUAUAUUUCUAACGACUUGUCUGUUGGCUCUACUAAACCAUUUUUUCUGGUUCCAGCAUUUUAAUAACCCUCCAGUUCCUACAAUUGAAGAGAGAUUAAAACCGGAUUUCAAGAUGCCCCAUUAUGCCUCUUUCACGGAAAUAGCAUCAUUUUUUGGACUCUGCAUAUGGCUGAUACCGUUUGGUUUCUUCAUAUCGCUCAGUGCGAAUGAAAACACUUUGCCCACAAGCGUGCUUGAGCUUGAAAGAUCAUCAGGCGAAAACGAUUUAAAUGUCCAAAAAUCCAUCACGUUAAUCAAAUUCGUUUUUCAGUUGGCGUUUAACAAGAUUGCUCAGCUUUUGGCACUUUUCAACAUAAAACUUUCGAAGAAACAGAAGACAUCACGAAAUCCAAGCGACAUUUAUAUAUGA